UGAAAUUGAAGGGUUUUAUGUGUUUGACGAACAUAAAAAAGUUAUGAUGUGCAAGUACUGCAAUGUAACAGUUGACUGGAAAAGGAAGGAUAGCUGCGAAAAACAUUGUAAACAAAAGUCUUCGCACAAAGUCAACAAGGAUAAUGGUGGCAACGGAGUAAAAAGACAGAUAACAAUUGUUGAAAAUGUGUCUAUGAACAGAAAACUCAAGGCCGAAAAAACUAAAUUGGCGAAAGACACAGUGCGGGCUUUCGUGCAAGCAAACAUCCUGCUUGAAAAACUGGACCAUCCAGGACUGCGAUCUUGGAUGUAUGAAUACAUUCCAGGGUCCGGUGACCUUCCACAUUCAUCUACCUUACGAAGCACUUACCUUGAAAGUUUGAAAGUUGAAGAGGAGGAGAAAAUAAAAGAACUGGUGAAAGGGCAAGACAUUGUUUUAUUGUGUGACGAAACAACCAACAAUAAAGGACAGUGUGUGUACGUCGUUCUAUUUAAGAUUAUGUCUGCAAGCAGUGAACAAAAAUUGCUUGUAGCUGGGACAAAAGUUUUGAUGAAUGCAAAUUUGACAGAAUUCUCACGAGCAAUUGUUGAUAUAUUGGUGAAAUUUGAUGUGAAAUAUGAUAACGUAAUUUCUUUCACUUGCGACUCGGCGAAGUACAUGACAAAAUGUGCUGACCUUUUGCACGUUUUGGUAAGUGACAAACUGCUACAUAUCCAGUGCUGGGCACACAAGCUCUGCCUGGUUGGCAAUAUUUGGGUGGCACAGCUUUCCGAACUGAAUGAGUGUGUAAUGAAAACCAAAAUGUUUUUCUUGAAUUCAAGGAAAAGGAAACACCACUAUUUGCAGUUUCUGACGGUAUCGUCCAUUCACCCCAAAUUGUUCCCAUCUCCUGUUUUAACUCGCUGGAAUUCGUGGUUCCGUGCUGUGGAGUACAUUGACACAUACUUACCCCAUCUUUUAGAAUACUUCAAGACAGAAGAUGCAGAAACUAGUGGAAGUUCAACAGAAUAUUACAUGCAGAUGUCUAUGGACAAAGUUGCUGUUUUGCAAUGUGAAGCAAGAUUUGUAGUUGAGCACUGUAAAUCAACUGUAGAAUUGCUUGAGAUUUUAGAGGGUUCGUCAUAUCCUUUUGCUCACAGGUUGCUAGGAAAACUUUAUGAUUUGAAAACCAGUUUCAAAUUGGCCAGUGAUAAUACUUUUCAUCCUGAAACAACACAGAUACUGAACUCACAACUUUGCUUGAAAUCUGCUGUUAGGGCUACUCUUGUUUCAACAGGACAAAAGUCUCUAUUGAAGCUAUCAUCGUUGAUUGCCAGUGAUCCUGCCAAGGAUUUUGUAGAGUGUAUGGGUGCUUUGUUUGAUCCCAGAGAAAUUGCUUGUAAGGGGCUAGAGGUUGACGCUGUUGAGUUGCAGAACAAGAUUGAAAAACUUCCUUUCCUAUCCCAGGUGCCUUUUCGACUUGUUCUAGAAGGCUACACUCAGACUAAACAGGCAGUCUUAAAAUCAAUUUCUAAGAACGUCGAUAUUCUUACCAUCCUGCUGUCUUUAAAAUCAGAUUUCCCAGAGUAUGCAACCAAUGCUGUGAAGUGCCUGUGGAUCCCUGUUUCCAAUGUUGACAGUGAGAGGGCUUUUUCCAUGUACAGCAACAUCAUGUCCGACAAGCGAACAUCUUUGCGGGCUGAUAACAUUGAAGUUAUGUUGGGAAUGUGUUUUGGAGCUUGCCAUUGAAGUCAGGGAUUUUAAGUUUUUGUGUACUUGUGUUACUACCACAAUUCAGUAUUUUCACAUGUUCUCUAUUUCAUUCUUGUCAGAAACAAUGUAAACAGAUUAAGAAGUCCAUGUUAAGUUACUUAGUUUACUCUAUAAGUACUUUUGCAAAUUAUUCAAAAACAUUGUAGCAGAUUGCUUCGAAAAAAAUCAAGAGGCUCCACAGUCACACUAUGCACGCCACAAACCUGGGUUACAAGUUUUGCAAAUUUUAUAACACAAUU